AUGUCUGUCAAAUUCCAACAAGAGACUAUUCGCACCACUGGCGUCAAGCCCGAGGACUUGACGCCAAAAGACCUGGCGCACAAGGUCGGCGAGCGUUUGACUGGCGGUGACACCCACACCGGUUAUCUCGCUGCCUACUUGAAGCAGCUCCAGACAAACCCUCUUCGCACAAAGAUGCUCACGUCCGGUGUUCUCUCGGCUCUUCAAGAAUUCGUCGCCUCGUGGCUUGCUCAUGAUGUCAGCAAGCACGGCCAUUACUUCAGCUCCCGCGUGCCGAAGAUGGCGCUCUACGGAAUGUUCAUCAGUGCGCCCAUGGGCCACGUUCUCAUUGGAAUUCUGCAAAAGAUUUUUUCUGGCCGGACGAGUUUGAAGGCCAAGAUUUUGCAGAUCUUGGUUAGCAACUUGAUUAUUGCCCCCAUCCAAAAUUCCGUCUACCUGGUCUCCAUGGCCAUCAUCGCCGGAGCUCGCACUUUCCACCAAGUGCGCGCCACCGUGCGCGCCGGUUUCAUGCCCGUCAUGAAAGUCAGCUGGAUCACAUCCCCCAUCGCGCUGGCCUUUGCCCAGUACUUCCUCCCCGAACACACCUGGGUGCCUUUCUUCAACAUUGUUGGAUUCAUUAUUGGUACAUAUGUCAACACUCAUACCAAGAAGAAGCGCCUCGAAGCUUUGCGACGACAAUACGACCAGCGACGAGGUGGUCCUCCCGGUCCUUACCCUCCUCCUGGUAGUGAAUACAGCCGUCGUGACUAA